AUGGUGGGUUUGACACUUGGCAUUAUUGCAAGUAUCAUGCUUGUCGCCGACUAUGGACACAUGAUUUAUCUACAUUUCAAGAUGCCUCCUGGCCCAUUACCUCUCCCCAUACUCGGGAACACCCAUCUCCUCCCCGACACAAAACCAUGGAUAUACUUUGAAGACCUAGCACGCUCCUACAACACUCCAAUAAUAACCUUCUGGAUCGGCCGCCGCCCAACAGUCUGGAUCUGUGACGCCUGGGCCGCAUCUGAACUCCUAGACAAACGCGCCGCAAUCUACGCCUCUCGGCCCCGAAUGGUGGUCUUCAGCGAGCUCGGCGCAGGCCAGUCGAAUCUAGUCAACAUGUACUACGGUGACCGAUGGCGGCUACAUCGGAAACUGACGCAUAUGGGAGUUGGACUGCAGCAGGUGCGGAAUUAUCGCGGGUUCCAAAAUGACGAGAGCAAGGUAGUUGCGUUUGAUCUUUUGCGCGAGCCGGAGGAGUACGUGAAGCACUUUGAGCGCUAUGCUACUAGUGUCGUCUCGAUUAUUGGGUUUGGGAGACGAGUUGCUACCUUUACGGAUCCGAUUAUCACCGAGGUCAUUGCUUUGAUGCAGCGUGCCGCUGAGUUGAAUGUGCCUGGGAAGACAUUUCCUAUGUUGAUAGAAUCGUUUCCCUUCCUGGCAAAGUUCCCAACUUGGAUGGCACCUUGGAAGCACGGUCUUGGACGUGGCCAAGGCCGCGGCAGGCCAUUUUUCUACGCUUUGGCCGAAGAAGCUGCUAACAACCCCGAUGCACGGCAAUGCUACGCGAAGCGUAUAUUUGACGAAUCACCCAAACACAACCUCUCAAAAUUAGAAAUCUCCUCCCUGUCAGGGAAUCUAUUCGGAGCAGGUAGUGACACCUCCAGUUCGACGCUUGUUACGUUCGUGCUAGCCUGCUGUGCGUUCCCAGAAGCACUCCCCAAAGCGUGGGAAGAGCUGGACCGCGUGGUGGGACCACAUCGCAGCCCAACAUUCGACGACGAACCGAAUCUACCGUACGUCAAAGCUUUCGUGAAAGAAGUGCUGCGGUGGAGAUCUGUUGCGAUUAUCGGAGGGCAGCCGCAUGCGCCGAUCAGGGACGAUCACUACAAGGAUUGGCUGAUUCCCAAGAACACUUGGGUCCAGGGUAACGUGUGGGCGAUCCACCAUCACGAACGGGAGUUCCCUGAUCCGGAUCGUUUCAAUCCAGAUCGGUACAUCAAGGGAAGUUCAGAUAGUCGUCCCUUUCCCGGAGAGAAAGGGUACAUGACCUUUGGCUGGGGCAGGAGAGUAUGUAGCGGUCAAGGACUGGCGGAGCAGGGCACGUUCAUCACUGUUGCACGCCUACUUUGGGGAUUCAAGAUCGACAAAGCUGUAGAUGAGCGAGGCAGAGAGAUCCCGGUGGAUAUAUUUGACUAUACGAAUGGUCUCAACAUGCGGCCCAGUCCUUUCCAAUGCCGGAUCACGCCUCGCAGCCCCGAAAUCCGAGCGACAAUCGAAAAGGAGGGCCAGAAGGCGCUCGAGAAUUUAUCUCCAUACGAAGGCGAGACUCAAUAUCGCAUGAGCACCUAUUACGCCGCCAGCAAACUUUAA